AUGUCUUCUAAGAAUAUCUGUCUACCAACGACUAAUGAGUUUUUACAGGAUGGGAAUCUGAGGCCCUUUUCACCUUCAGAUUAUUUCUUUGGACCCGCCGUGCUGGAAGCGGAACCGCGGAAAAGUCAGGGUGGCCCGGGUGAAAAUGGCACAGACCAGGCGCCUGUCUCGCCCACGAGUAAAGCCGCGGGCGACAGCGUGAUCAACGGUCACUUGACAGGCGAAUCUGCGACACCUCAAGUUGUCCCCAAUGCUAAGAAAAGCCGUAAGAGUGACCGCGCAGAGACCAACGGGGACGAAAUUCCAAUGGAAAUUGAUUCAAAUGGUGUUGCCAAUGAGACGAAAUCCGCAGUAGCUACAUCACCAUCCUUGGCCGAUGCUGUGGAUGGGGAUGGGGAUGUGAGCAUGGGUAUCCGACCGGACUCGCAAGACCAGGAACCAACCGCGGCGCCGACUUUCACCUUGACCAACGGCCACAGCGUUGGCGUCCAGAUCACCCCCGCCAAGGCUGCCGACCUUAGUCCCGAUACCGCCGUCUUGAAUGUGGCUGAUGAUUGCCACGUGACCCGCGCAUUGUGGCGUCCAAACGAUUCCACAGUUGUCGUUGCAGUCGGCGAGUCGUUUUGCAGUCUAUGGAAAAUGCCGUCAUCUACGAGUCCAGUGCAAGAGAAACUUGUGGAGGGUAAGGGUGAUAGUAUAUGCGUCUCUGCGGUCGCCUGGGAUCCUACAGGCCAGAAAUUGGCCGUAGCCACAUACAAGGACAUGAGAGGGUCAAUCACUAUGUAUGAUGUCGCCGGGAAUGCUGUUGACCUCCUGCCCGAAGUACCUAGAAUGAUCACUGGAUUGCAUUGGACCGAGAGCGGCACCCAUUUGAUCGUUGUGGCAUCAGAUAGUAAAGUCUCCGAGCUGGCUCUCUGGGAUGAUUCAUUGCGACCGGACGAGUUUCCCUCCCCACAGGUAAUCGACGGGACAAUCUAUGACCUCAGCUGGCUUGGGCGCAAUGUAGCAUACGCUUCGGGUAAUGGAAUGGUCUACCAAUGCGAUGUCGACUCGAGUAUCCACAUCUCCAAGACAUAUACCAGUGAGACCGACAGGCCUUGGUCAUUUAUUCGUUGCGCAAAUGCCAAUUCCUCCUCGGUUGCCGUGGCUGCAUCGUCUGCUGCAGCCGCUUUCUGGAUCCCGACGCACGACAUGCACCUCGAUGGUGCACACGAAGGAGCUAUCACGACAGUGGAGCUUAAGCCAAACACACUGGAGCAACCACAAACGAACCAACCGUUGGUUCUAGCCUCUUCAUCCACUGAUGAUACAGUUAAAGUAUGGCAUAUUGAUCUGGACGCAAAACGAUUUGAUUGCAUUCAUCGUCUGUUCCUUGGUCCAUCUUCACCCGCCCUCGCCAGCAGUUUCUCUCCGGACGGCUAUGCUCUGGCUGCUGCAAGCAAAGACAAAUUGUUCAUCUGGAAUUCGCAGAGGGGUGGCACAGCAAUGGCUACUUGGACCGUGCCUGGGGCCGACGUAACAAAGAUCGAAGAAGGACAGAACCACCUGGCCAAUGGACACAAUGGGACCGCCGAACCAACGCUGGAUCGCUCUCUUGCAUGGGAUACUGAUGGUAAACGACUCGCUUUUGGCUUUGGCAAGCAGUUGGCUAUUAUAAACAUGCAAAGUUGA